CUAAUCAUCGCUCACUUGUCUUGAUUGAUGUGAAAAUAAAAAAAGAUGCUUUGUAUUUCCGUUUUCAACUCUUGAAGUAUCAGUCACAUUGUACAGAAACACUUGGCCUAUUCUUGAUGGCUCUGAAACCUGGAACUUUAGGGGCUUGAAAUUGAGAGGGCAGACAUGGUUGAUCUGAUGCGGUUUCUUUUGAGCUACGCAUGCAAUCAUCUUGUUGUGUCAGAAAGGAUCAGCCUCAGCAAUAAAGAAAUGGUUGAAUCAUCUGUUCGUAACCUAUUGAGUGAGUUGGCUGAUGCAAGUAUAGCUGACCAUGGUAUGAGCCUUUCUGGAUCAAUAUCAAAUCAGCCUACUGAUGGAUAUGGACAAACCCCAAAGCCUAUUGCUCCAAACAUUGAAAUGAAGAGAGGUGACUGGAUUUGCUCCAAGUGCAGGUUCAUGAACUUCGCAAGGAACAUGAAAUGCCUAGAAUGCAAUGAGUUACGGCCCAAGAGACAGCUGACUGGUGGAGAAUGGGAGUGCCCUCAAUGUGAUUUCUUCAAUUAUGGGAGAAAUUCAGUAUGCUUAAGGUGCGAUUGCAAGCGACCUGGAGAGGCCACAUAUGGUGCCAUGACACCAAGGUCUGUUUUAGGUUACAGCAAUGGAAGUAACUUAAAGAAGGUUGAUAUUGAUAGAUGGCUUGGUGAAAAUGAUGAAAAGGCAGAGAGGUGGUUUAGUAAAAUCUCUCAACUGGACAAGGAUUCUGACUUGAGCAGUGCUGCAGCUGAUGAAGAUUUUCCGGAAAUCAUGCCUUUGCGGAAAGGAGUCAAUAGAUUUGUUGUCAGCACAAGAAAGACACCCCUAGAACAAAGGUUGGCUAAUGCGCAAUACCGAAGAAAUUUGGGCAAUGAUGGCACAACUGUCGAGAAUGAUCUUCGGGCAGGGGAUGGAGGUGAGGUAAAUCAGAGCAAGACUCAGGAGGCAUCAGUUAGUCAGAGUUUGGACAGGAUUCUUGGCCGCUCUUCAGCUCAUUCACAGACUGGUAGUAAUAAAGGAGCUAUUGGAGAAAUAACCGGAACCGAGAGGUCCUCAUUCUCAAGUUUGGCUUCUCCACAGUAUGGACAUUCUGAACGAAACAACUCCGGCUAUGUUCCUUUUGUGCCAUUACCUGCAGAUAUGUUUGCUAAACCUCAGAAAUCAGAGACAGGAGGUGAACAAGUGGUAGGAAACUAUGAUUCACUUGCUGGCAGUACAAGCGACCCAACAGGAUCUUCUUCUGGGAGUGCUGAAUCUGGUAAAUCAAGUGAUGGUUUGCGUCUCUCAGAAAAGCCCCUAAACCAGACUGAGGGCAAAGAAGAUAAAGAUCAGGCUGAAAAAUCAGAGAGGUGGUUUAAAAAAGUUGCAGAGCUACAUGAUGUUACAGAUCUCUCAAGUGCAAUAUCAGAUGAGGACUUCCCAGAAAUCAUGCCAAUGCGCAAAGGGGAGAACCGAUUUGUAAUUAACAAGAAGAAGGACCGAUCAUUGACCUCACCCUUGUACAAGAGACGCAUGGCCGUGGAACAAUCAAGCAAUACCAACUUUGUACCUUUUGUUCCCUUUCCACCAGACUAUUUUGCUAAGAAGGAUAAACAGCCAGAAAAAGAACCUUCAACAGAGAAAGCUGUGAACGAGACUUCUUUUGCUGGAACAGCUGAAAGCAUUCCAAAUGUGCUGGAGAAGUCAUCUGCGGGUAUUGUUUCUGAUUGGAGGGCUUCCAGUAUUUCGGUUCAACGGUCGGAGAAUCAGCAUACCAGUUGCGAGAGCGGGAACACUACCAAAGCUGAAAAUAGCUAUGGUGAAAACAAUAGCAGUGCUGUUUAUAGGGUUCCACCCAUGGCAAGUUCUGCCCAAGGACCUGAGUAUCUACAGAAUAGUAGUGGAGAGGGUUGGAAUAGUGGAUCUUCUCGGAGGGGCAGUGCAGAAAGUGCAGGUUAUGGCGCAUCAACUAUGGGAAGAUUUACCCCCAGAACUGAUAAUCUACAGACUAAUAGUGGGGAGAGUUGGAACAGUGGAUCAUCUUGGAAAGGGGGUAUGGGGUCACCAACCAUGGGAUAUUCUACUCCAGUAUCUGAUAAUUUGCAGACUAAUAGCAGGGGAAGUUGGAGUAGUGGAUCCUCCUGGAAGGGGAGUACAGGAGAUGCCAUAGGGAAUUCGUCCCAGCAGCCUCAGAACCUUGAGAAUCGGAGGGAGAGUUGGAAUAGGGGAUUUUCAGGCGAGAGCUUGGAGGGAUCAGCAGUGAAGGAACCAGAUCCCUUGGAUAUGUCUCAGGAGGCCAAGGAACAGAGAUGGUUUCGGCGGGUUGCUCAGAUAAAAGACAUUUCAGAGUUGAGCAAUAUCCCUGAUGAAGACUUCCCUGAGAUAAUGCCGAUGCGGAAAGGGGUAAACAGGUUUGUUGUCAGUAAGCGCAAGACACCUUUGGAAAGGAGGCUGACAUCCCCCCAAUACAGAAGGAACCUUCCUAUUGUGAGCUCUGAUCCAGUGAAGGGGGAGAAUGAUUAAAGCUAAAUUUAUCAGAGGUUUGUUGUAUGGGUAAAAUCUGUUUGUGGAGAGGAUACUUAAAUAAGAACAAUGCUGAAAGGUGAAAUUUACCAUUAGAAAUUUUGGUUAUUUGGGCGCAUUUGGAUGUCAAAUCGGUUGGUUUUGUUGAUAGAAUGUUAUAUUAAAAAAAUAAAAGAAAGCCUUGAUUGAACAUGGUGUUUAAAUCAAAGACGGUUGUAAAUCUAUUGGGUUUAUUCCAAGCGCUAGGUCCAGAGGUGUUAGUGGACGACUCUGGUGUUUGAUAACCUCAAUUUUUUGUGUUACCCUUCUGUUGCUGUUUUUUGUUUUUCGUUUUUUUAACCUUUUGGGAUGGAGAUUUAUUUCUCUAUGUUUAUCUGUUCAACAGGCUGAUACUCUUUUCACCAGGAAAAAGAACUUAAUUAUAUUUCUUUAUGUUUAUU